AUGUAUACCUAUAUACCAUGGGAACUGGAAACAGAAAUACUUUCUAGGGUUCCGGCCACAUCUCUAAAGCAGUUGCGAUUCACUUGCAAAAGAUGGUACGCUUUAUCUAAAGAUCCGAGCUUUAUCAUGAAGAACUGGGGCAAAGCUGCAACACAGAUGGUCUUAAAGAAACGUCAUUCGGUUUUUUCAGUUAGCAUCGAUUUCCAUUGGCACGACGACACGGAUGAUCACUAUCUUAAACUUACAGGUAAACUCGAGGAUCCAGAAGAUCCAAAAGAUGUCGAGAUAUCUGAAAUCUUCCAGUGUGAAGGUUUGUUGUUAUGCACGACCGAAGACAAGGGACUCGUUGUUUGGAACCCUUGUACUGGCCAAACCAGGUGGAUCCAAUCUAGUACAAUGCAUCAUUCGUGUUUUCUAGGAUACAAAAACAACAGCAAAUAUUCGCUCGACAGCUACAAAAUCUUGAGCUUUAGCAAAUCUCGCAGGGGCUGGAAUGCCCCUGUUGUUGAUAAGUUUGAAAUGUACGAGUUUGACACUGGUUCGUGGAAGGUUCUUGAUGUUGAUACCCAUACCUUGGGGGUAUUAUCACUUGGCGUGUCUUUGAAGGGAGAUACCUACUGGUUAGAUUCAGAGGAUCAUGAAAGAUACCCUUAUCUGAUUAAUUCCAUGGUCAGGUUUGAUUUUACAUUACAGAGAUUUGGACGUCUGCCUAUUCCUUUUCAGAGUCGUAAUAAUUAUCAUGAAGAGGUUUCAGUUCUAUCAGUUGUCAGGGAAGAAAAACUUGGGGUGUUACAUCAGAGGUUGAGUAGUUUAGAGAUGAAGAUAUGGGUGGCCAAUAAUACUAUUACUGAUGAAGCCGAAGACGACUUGUCGUGGAGCGUAUUCUUGGUUGUGGAUUUGGGUAAACAUAAUAUGAUAAAUAAUAUGACCAAGGUGACGAGUUUCUUGGUGGAUGAGGAGAAUAAAAGGGUCAUGUGUUGCUUUCUAGACGGAGACAUGACCACAGUUUACAUUGUUGGAGAGGAUAUACAUAUACAAGUCUAUAGAGAAAUCUAUAGAGAGGUUAAACAGUACCGAUACUUUUCUUUAGAACGCUCUGAGAGACCAUUUCUCGUCAGUUAUGUUCCAAGCUUGGUUUGA